UCUUCGGCGUGAUGAGUGAAAGCUUUAACCACUUGGCUAUCCCACCGCCCCAGGAGAAGAAGAAGAAGAAGAUGAAGAAGAAUUUAUUGUAUGGAUUACACUGGACUACACAAUUAUAGGAUAGAUAAUUCUUUUGAUUCACUUGACAGGUAACGACGUUUUAAACAAACAUGGCGUCAGGCAUGGCCUACGGAGAUCCCGCCAACCCAUCUCAAGCAUCCUACGGGGCUCCAGUGUCUUACGGAAAUCCCACAAAUCCAUCUCAAGCAACCUACGGGGCUCCAAUGACCUACGGAAAUCCCGCCAACCCACCUCCAGCUGGUCACAACUCUGUACAUCCCUCUCAGGCAGGGGGUUUCAUCCCUAUGAUGCCAGGUAUUUUGAUGACUAAUGACAACCCCCCUAAGCCGCUGUGCCUGAUGCGGAUGGGUGAGGCGCCGGUGUCGAUGCGGUGCUACUACUGCCACACCGACGUCAUGACGUCUACAAGAUACAAGUUUGGCAUGUGCACCUGUCUGUGUAUGCUUUUAAUUUUCAUGCUUGGCGGCAUUUUGGGUUGUUUCCUGAUUCCGCUGUGGAUCAACAAAACCAAAGACGUCAUCCACACGUGUCCUAAUUGCAAGAACCAGAUCGGAUGUCACCGGAAGUAGUCAGUCAGCGAAGUGGAUUAACUUUACCCAAGAUGGAGUAUACCCACAUCACCUAAUUGUCCUGCCUAACCUUCU